AUGAAGUUAGAUGUCACGACACGUUGGAAUUCAACUUUUGAAAUGUUGAAUUCAGCGAUAGCUUUGAGACCUGCCUUCUCUAACUAUGCGAAGCGUGAUAAUGCGUAUAUUUGGCUACCUUCUGAAGAUGAUUGGUCAAGAACUGAAUCAGUUCGUAAGUUCCUUUCUGUGUUUUACAACAGCACGAAGAAAUUUUCAGGCUGCAAGUAUCCAACAGCAAAUAUAUUUCUACUUGAACUUUGGAAGGUAAAAGAUGCCUUGCGUAAAAGUAGUAGUGGACAAGACUUUUUACACUUCAUGACCAUAGGUGUUGUGGUUGUUCUUGAUCUCCGGUACAAGAUGUUUAUGGUUGGCUUCAUAUGUAAUAGGUUGUAUGGUGUGAUGGGUGUUGCUGAGGCCGAAAAGAUUUCUGGUGCAGCCAAUGAAUUGUACAAUUUGUAUCUGAAAGGGACCCAAGCACAGAUGCAUAGAUCAGAACUUGAAGAGUAUCUCAAGGAGGAUAUUCUAGUUGUAAACAAGGGCGAUGAUUUUGACAUUUUGGAGUGUACGGGGAGUAGGGUCGUAAGCAAGUAUAGAAGCUCACUUACACCUGAAUCGGUUGAAGUGCUCAUUUGUACUCAGGAUUGGCUGCGUCCGAUGUGGGGGAAAGAGACCUCUAUUGAUAAGGAGUUUGAUGAAGAGGAGAGUGACAAGAUUAAAGAGACAAUGCCUGCAGCUGCAAUAUGA